AUGGUAUACUAUUUCACUUCCAACGUCGUGGCUCCCUCUGCGUCGAUUUAUGUCGGCAAAGACAAGUUCGAGAACGAGGAUCUCAUAAAACACGGACUAGAAUCAGACGUUUGGUUUCAUGUCGAUAAUCUGUCUAGUGCCCACGUGUACCUCCGUCUAAGGGAUGGCGAAACAUGGGAUAAUAUCCCCAAGGAGGUUUUGGAAGACUGCGCGCAGUUGACCAAGGCCAAUUCCAUUGAAGGAAAUAAAAAGGAUAACAUCACCGUCAUAUACACCCCAUGGGCCAACCUCCUGAAAAACGCGUCCAUGGCCACGGGCCAGGUAUCGUUCCACAACCAGAAGAUGGUGAAGAAAAUCCAUGUGCCUGUGCGACUCAACCCGAUCGUCAACCGCCUCAACAAGACGCGAGUCGAGAGGUUCCCCGAUCUCCAGGCGGAGAAGGAAGAGAUAUUGAAGAAGAAGAGGAAAGAGGAGAGGAGGGCCAAGGACGAGAAGAAGGCGGCGGAGAAGAAGGAGAGACAAGAGCGAGAGCAGCUGAAGUGGCAAAAGGAGCAUGCUUACGAUGAUCUUUUUAGUGAGGAGAAUAUGCAGCAGAGCAAUAAUCAGGACCGGGAUGCGGAUUUUCUGGAUGACUUUAUGUGA